UUGCCAGUGUUCAAAUCUGUAGCUGAAGCAAAGGAAGCAACUGGAUGUGAUGCCACGGUUAUCUACGUCCCAUUUCAGGUGGCAGGUCAAGCGAUUGAGGAAGCUAUGGAUGCUGAGAUUGGCCUCAUCGUGUGCAUUACGGAAGGAAUACCCCAACAUGAUAUGGUGCAUGCAAAAAGCAGACUUGUAAAACAGAAUAAGUCACGUCUACUGGGCCCUAACUGCCCUGGAAUCAUCGCGUCGGAUGAGUGUAAAAUUGGUAUCAUGCCUGGUAGUAUCCAUAAGAAAGGAUGCAUAGGCGUUGUGUCCCGAUCUGGCACUCUAACAUACGAGGCUGUACACCAAACAACAGAGACUGGUCUUGGUCAAACGUUGUGUGUCGGAAUUGGAGGCGAUCCCUUCAACGGCACCAACUUCAUUGACUGUUUGGAUGUCUUCUUCGGUGAUAAGAAUACCAGAGGGGUAAUUCUGAUUGGAGAGAUAGGAGGUACUGCUGAAGAACAAGCGGCAGAAUUCAUCAAAUCUGAAGCCAAAGCUGGCAGAGCUAAGCCAGUGGUCAGCUUCAUCGCCGGCGUCACAGCACCUCCUGGCAGACGUAUGGGACAUGCUGGAGCAAUUAUAGACGGAGGGAAAGGUCUGGCAGGUGACAAAAUUGAAGCGCUCAAAUCAGCUGGCGUACAUGUCGUAGAUUCGCCUGCCCAUUUAGGCACUACCAUGGCCAAGGUAUUGAUUCAUGGAAGAAAUUGA